GUUUCUAAGGCAGCGCAUCACGUGAGGGUAUACACCCGGGUCCGUGGGUGUUGUGAAGUGGAACGUUACACACACCUUCUAACGGACAAUCACAAAGCUAUAGAUUGAAUCAUACGACGUAAAAGUUCCGUUUUGUUGAAGAGCAUGAAGAGAAAAUGGCUAGAAAAACUUAAGAAAGUGGAGGAGCUGGCAUCCCAGUAUAAACGGCAUCCAAUCAGUUCAGCCUACAAACCCAGACUGUCAAGACCAUGGCAGCCUUCUUCAGUCUGGAAGCUGUUUCAUCGCCAAGCUGCAGCUUUUCAGUUUGCCAAAACCUGUAAGGAGGAUGUUCACGUCUUUGCAUUGGAGACUAUUCUUGAUGAUAUAGAGAGAAGGCUUUACCUGGUGACAACCUACGCAGAGUUUUGGUUUUAUUACAUGAAACUGCCUCAUUCCCUGGCUCACUGUUAUGAAGUGAUUCCUGCUGACACCGUUUGUAAACUAUAUUUUGAUUUAGAGUUCUAUAAGCCAGCAAAUCAAGGAGCAGAUGGCAAAAAAAUGGUUGCUCUAGUGAUUGAGUUUUUUAGUAAAAAGCUUGAAGAUUUUGGCAUUAAGUGCUCUGCAGAUUAUGUUUUAAAUCUGGAUUCCAGCACAGAUGAAAAGUUUAGUCGUCACCUAAUAUUUUUAUUGCCUAAUGCAGCCUUUAAGGAUAAUAUACAUGUUGGUAAUUUCAUCAAGUCUGCUUUACAACCGUUAUUAUCCCAGAAUGGAUACAUUCUUCCUUCCAAAACCUCUUUGGGUAACAUAUCCAUGAAUGAUUUUGAUGAACAUUGUGGAGACAAUGCAAAAAAUUCUCAGAAAGCAUCCACCAAACCUCCUUAUGCUGCCAACCAGGACAUCUAUGAUUUGUCCACUCUAUUUGUGCAAGAUAAAAAUGGUAGAACCCAACUUUUUAUUGAUCUAGGUGUUUACACUAAAAACAGAAAUUUUCGUUUAUACAAAUCUUCAAAAAUGGGGAAAAAUGUACCUUUUGAGGUGGCUGAAGACAACAUAUUUGCCAUGAAGCCGUCAAAACAUCACUCGAUAGAAGAGCAGAUAUUUCUUUGCUCCCUGAUUAGCAAUGUGAGAUUUACAGAUUCUUUAAAAAUUCUAACAUGUUCGAGUACAGAAAAUAAAAAGAAUGGAGCAUCAUGCCCCAGCACUACAGCAUCAGUUAUCACAGGCCGCACAAUGAAGGGAUAUGAAUUUUCACCAUACCCAGAAAUUGAUAAUUUCAUUCUCUCCUUGGUGACAAGAGAAGGCUUUAAUGGAGGUAUUAGACAGUGGAACUAUUUUUCCACUGAGGAAUUACUGGUUUAUGAUACUGUAAAUUAUCGCUGGUGUGAAAACAUAGGCCGAGCUCACAGAAGUAACAAUGUCAUGUUGCUAGUAGAUUUGAAGAAUGAAAUAUGGUAUCAGAAAUGCUAUGACCCAGUCUGCAGAAUACAGAACUUUAAGUCAAAGUUUUAUCCUCUGCCUCAGGAAGUGUGUCUCCCAUCUAUAUUUAAAGAGGAAGAUGAAGAAUGCUUUCUUACUAUGGAUGAAAAUGGUAAUAUUAAGGACAUCAAACAAAAAGUAGUGCUCACUAAGGAAUGGACUGUAGGCAAAUCUAUGGAUUCUCAAUCAGAGGAAGUCAUUACAGUUUGGGAAUCUUGCAUUGAUGACGCCUCAAUUGUAGAAGCCGCUGAGGAUGCAGAACUAGUGGAUGCUACAAAUCUUACUUGGGAAGACUGGAAUGUGGAAGAGACCGAUAUACCAGAUGAACUUUUAUUACAAGCAGUUGAGGCACAUCCCACAGCUGAGGAGACAUGAUCAACUAUCUUAUUUUUUUAUUUUAUGCUAAAUAUUAAUCAAAAAGCUUUACGUAACAGUCUGGAAAAGAUGUUACGUUCGUGAAAACUGUUAUCAAAGAGAGAUCACGUACAGCAACAGUCUAACAAUAACCCAAACUAACUACAUAUCCUAGAGCUGGUGGUGGUGGCCAAACCUAUAAAAUCACCUUUUUAUUUCUCAGCCAAGUGUCAAGGAGGCGAGACUGAGCAGCUUAAGUCUCAUAGCCUAGCACAGCCCCCCCACAGUUGCCCUUACCUUUAACCACAUGUGGUAGCCUUACCCUUUCAUUGUAGUGAAUUGUUGCAGUUCUGUGGCAAAAAAAGUGCAGGACUUAAGACAUUUUUUUUUUCGUUCUUUUUAAUAUACUUUGUUUCCUCCUCACUUUAACAUGCAGCUGAAAAUUCACAACAAUCUACAUUUAUGAUUCUUUUUUUUUAUGCUUAUUGAAGGAUUUGUGGCAAGUUUUUUCCGCAUGUUUUAUGCAAAUUGCUUGUAUUUUUUAAUUUUUUUUAAAGGGGUACUCCGGUGGUCAACGUGUUUUUCCGUUUUUGACUUACCCUAUUUGUUUUGUUUCAUUUCUAUUCUUGUUGUUUAGCCAACUCUAUUUCUGUUCUCUGUUGUCUUUUUAUCCCCCACUUUGUUUUCCUAUCUUUGCUUCUAUU